AUGGUAUUUCGAAAGCUGAUCAUAGUUUUUUUUCUUUAAUUUCUUUUAACAAGAUGUUAGGAGACUCCAAGAAAUUGUGUUUGUGGGCAUGUAAAUAGUCAAAAUGAAUGUUUGAAUUCUGGAUAUUGCUUUUGGGAAAAAAAUGUAUGUGUUUUAAGAUCUGGUCAAACAUACAACAAGGAAAUUUAGAAUGAAAAUCCAUGCAAGAAUUUUGCAGAAGAUGAUUGCAGAAUUUAGGAGAAAUGUGGGUUUUAUUUGGGUCAGUGUAUUGACUUUAUAAAUUGUAGUAUAUUCAAUAGCGAAACUUGCUAAGAAUCUUCUUUUAGAUGUGUUUCUGAUGGAAAUAAAUGUGCUGAAAUGUUAGAAUGUAAUAAUUACAUCACAUAAGAUGGAUGUAUGAAUAAAAAUUAAAAAGGUAAGUAUUGCUUUUGGGAUUAAGAAGUUAAAAAUUGUGUAGAUGUAAAAAAUUGUGAAGAAUUACCAUUAUUGUUAGUUAGCCAUUCAAUGUGUAAAGAAGGUUUAGAUGAGUGCACAAUAACUGAUAAAUAAUAUGGUUGUAUGAAGUAGAAGGAAUCAUGUAGUUAAUAUUUAAAUGAUUUUUAAUGUUAUGAGAGUGUAUCAAAAUCUUAAAAUUGUUUUUGGGAUUCUUAAAAUAAAUAAUGUCUUGAAAAGGUUUGUUAAAAUCUACCAUUUAUAUUUGAUUAUUAAUGUAAGUCGUAUUUAAAGGAAUGUACAUCAAAUGGAAUUCAUUGUAUAAAAAGGAAAUAAUGUAGUGAUGCUAAAACUAAAUAUGGUUGUGUAACAGAUGUUUAGGGUAACAAAUGCGAAUAUCAUUAAAAUGAAUGUAAAAUCAAAAGUUGUAAUACUGCUCCAGAGUCAUUAAAGAAUUAUUAAUAAUGUUAGGAUUAUGAUAAUCUUUUAGAUUGUGUUACUUCUGAAAAUGGAGGAUGUAAGUAGAGACCUACUUCAUGUGAAGGUUAUGUUAAUGAAAUGGAUUGUUAUUCAAAAGAAUAAUAAGAUUGUGUAUGGUACAAUAACAAAUGUGAAUAAAGAUAAUGUUAUCAUGCUCCAGUUCACUUUAGUUUUUAAGAUUGCAAAUAGUAUGGUAAUUGUAUUGGUAAUUUAAAUGGUGGAUGCAAAGUAACACCCUAAUCAUGUGAUUUUAGAAGAACCAUUCUGUGAACUUAAUUAUAAAAAAGAAAAAUGUAUUUGGCUGAAUAAUAGUUGUAUGUUGUUAGAAUGUAAUAAAUUGAAAUUACCAACUUAUAAGAAUCAUAAAAUUUGUUAAAUGGCAAGUCAAUAUUGCACAUUUAAUCUAGACUCUUUUGGUUGUACUGAUUAUUUAUGUGAUAAUGUUCAAGAAAUUGAAUAUUGCUAAAUAGAUUCAUUAGGCACAGUUUGUACUUUAAAUUAAGGAUGUAUAGAAAAGAAAUGUAGGACUGCCCCUCCUCUAAUGAUUCAAAUGAAAAAUGUGAACAAUGGUUACCAUAAUGCACAGUAAAUGUUUAAGUUUUAUAAAAUACUAAAAUAUUGAUUGGAUGUUUAGAUAAAAAGAAUGAUUGUAAGGAAUUACUUCAAGAUCAAUGUUACACUACUAUCUAAGGGUUUAAUUGUAAAUGGAAUAAUUCUAGUAAAAUCUGCGAAAAUCAAAAUUGCACAGAUGCAAAUCCUAAUUUAUAUAAGACUAAUUAGGAUUGCAGAUUAUUUAAAGUUUUUUCUGGUUCUUGCAUAAUUAAUUCUACUCGAAUUGGAUGUUAAUCGUGGCCAAUUAAUUGUAAUUAGAUGGGAAAUUAAGAAUAGUGUUAAUUAAAUUUAAAAAAUGAGACUCUAUGUUUUUGGACUGGAAGUUAUUGUAAAACAUUAGAAUGUUCAGAUGCUCCUAAAAAUGAAUAUAGAGAUAAUAUUUAAUGCAAUAAAUGGCUUAAACAUUGUAUUUAUAAUUCAGAACUUGGAGGAUGCAGGAAUCGACCCAAUCCACUUAUUUGCACAUCUUCUCCAAAUAGUAGUAUGUAUGAUAAUCAUGAAAAAUGUUUUGCUUGGAAUCCUAAAUGCACUGUGAUUUCCUCCAUUUAAGCUGAAGGAUGUGAAUUAAAAAAAACUAAUUGUUAUGAAUAUAUCAGAAAAAGAAACUGUAGAACAAAUUUGAGUGGGUAAAAUUGUUAUUGGGAUGAUUCUGAAGGAAAAUGUAAAAAUGAAGAUAAUAAUAAUGAUGGAAUACCAGAUUGUAAUAAGAGAGUCUUAGGAAAUCUAACGCAUGAAGAUUGUGAAGAAUUUUUAUCUACAUGUACAAUAAGUAAUUUUAAUAGACACUGUUCAAAUCUAUAAUCGUACUGUCAUUGGUAUACAUAUUAAUAACAUUGUGUAAUCACUAGAGAAUAAUAACCUUGUAAAUGGGACGAUUACAAUUAAAAAUGUAUAGACGUAAAAUGCGUAGAUAAUUAAACUGCUGAGACUGAAGCUGAAUGUUUAAGAUUUAAAAGAUUUUUCUAGUGUCAAUUAAAGAUUAAUUCAAAUGGAUCAUAUGGACCUGGUUGUGAAAAUAGACCCUAUUAUUGUAGCUAAAUUACAAAUUCUACAAUUUGUAACUUAACUUUCACCUACAACAAUUAGAAAUGUUAUUAUUUUAAUUCUUCAUGCUAAAGUGUACCAAAUAAUGAAUGUAUUUCUAUCAGAAACAGUACAAGUCAUGCAUUUUGUCAAUUAUACAAUAAAUAAUGUAUAUUAUAAACAAGUGGAUUAGGAUGCUAUUCUAUUAAUAAUUGUUUAGACUUAUCUAAUGAAGUUUGUAACAAUGCUACCAUGAAAUUUAAUAUUAAGUGUAACUUUUAUAUUUCGUGUAGAAGGGAUUUAUAUUGUUCCGAUAAAUAUCGUUCUUCAGCUGCUUGUAAUGACAUAAAAACUUAAUUAGGAUAAUUAUGUAGUUACAUUUAUACUAAUGGUGACUAUUAUUGUAGAGAAUAAAUAUCAGAAAAGACACUCAACUUUUCUUCGACAAAUUUUCAAAUUAGAACAACAGAAUGUCAGAAUUAUUCAUCAACAUAUAGAUAUGAUACAACUUUAAUGAGAUGUAUAUAAAUUACAUCUUGUAGUCAACAAAGUGCUACUAAAUAAAUCUGUGACUUAUCGAUUGUUAGAUUAUAUGAAAAUUCAUUGUAAAAAUGUGGAUUUAAUUCCCUGACCAAUUAAUGUGAAAACAGAAAAUGUGAGCAUGUAACUUCGGCUGCUACAGAUAAAAGUUGUUAUGACUGGAAUUUUAAUUGUGUUCCUGAUACUAUUGGUUGUAAAACUUACACUGAUUGCACAUAAAUUUAAUUAAUCUAUUAAUGUUAUUCAUUUUCCUAGUGUUAUUGGUAGGAUAGUAAAUGUGUAAGAUAUGUAAAUUGCCAAGUUAACACUAAUGCUAUUUCAGAUCUUGAAUGCUUGUUAAUAAAUGCUCAAUUCUGCAGAUUAAAUUACACUAAAGGAUAAGGAUGUUCUUUUACAAACUGCGGUCAUGUUAUGGAAUCAUCAAUCUGUAAUUCUACUAGUCUUGUUGAUGGAAGAAAUUGUUAUUGGAGUAAUGGGUGUUAUCACAAAAAUUGUUCAUCUUAUUCAACCUAAUCUGAGUGUGAAAGUAGUUAUGGUUAUAAUUCAUAUUAAACAACUAGAUGUUAUUGGUGCCAAUAUAACUCUACUAGCUGCUCUUAUAAUAAAUAUUGCAGUCCAAAUAGUAUGAGUCAAAUUAAAUCACAUGAAGAUUGCAACAAUUAAAAUGUCUCAACCACAAUAUAUUUUUCAUUUAGCCAAAAAUGCACAGUAAAAAAAUAAACUUGUGAAGAAUACACUUAUGAAAAUGCAUGUGUUAGUACUCUAGAUGGUAUAAAAUGCUAUUGGGAGAGUGUUUAAGGUAUUUGUAAAAAUAUCUGUGUUUCUUUAGCUAGUAAUAGUAAUUUAGAUUGUUUUAAUUUUCAUCCUUAUUGUAUGCUAUAGCAACCUGAAAAUUAAUGCAUGUUGUUAAAUUGUAUAGAUUUAAUAGAGACUGACUGUAUUAUUUUUACUUAAAAAUGCUUUUGGAAUGAUUCUGAAUGUUAAAAUGUUGGUGAUUGUAACGAAUAUCUCACAGAGGAUUUGUGCUUUGAUACAAAGAAUAAAAAAGGAAUACCUUGUUUUUGGGAUGAAGCCAAUACUUAAUAAUGCAUAGAAAAAACUUGUGAGAAUAAGUCAACAAUUUCAUUAUCACAAUCAGAUUGUGAUAGUUGGCUUUAAAAUUGUAAGUUCAAUUAAAAUAGUUCUUCAUGUGUUGGAGAUUGUUCCUAGGCUGGUAUUACUUAUCUUACUCAUUAAUAAUGUGAAUCGUACUUUAUAAAUAAAAAUUGUACACUCAAACUCGAUAUUAUUUAAUGUGUGGACCUCCCAUAUUCUUGUUCUUUUGCCUGGAAGUCUUAAUGCUAUCAAGAUAGAUAUGGAAAAUUAUGCUACUUUUAAGCUUCAUCCAAUUAGUGUGUUGAUUUAGAAUGUAUUAAUUUGGACGCGUCUUAUACAACCCAUAAUAGAUGCAACUAAAAAUUAUAGACUUGCACAGUAAAUACAACUCUAAAUGGAUGCCAAUUGUUAUAAACUUGUGAUAGUUAUUAACAAAAAGAGCAAUGUUAAUUUGAUUAGAACUAUGUAGCAUGUGAAUGGAUGAUUAAUUAAAAUAAAUGUACUAUUAAGAAUUGUUCAACAGCAUAAUUAAAUGAAUAUUCAGCUUAUAGUUGUUAAUUAUAUCUUGAUAAUUCAUGCACAGUAAAUCAAUAAUUAGAUGGAUGUGAGGUUGGUUAAUCAUUGUGUAUGAUGUAUACUUAUAAUCAAUGUAUCAGUACUGGAUAAAAAAAUUUAAAUGGAAAACCUUGUUUUUGGGAUAAUGAUAAAAAUACUUGUUUGGAAAAGAUGUGUGAGAAUGGUCCAUCAAUGGCAAAAUCGCAUUCUGAUUGUUUUGGGUUCCUCUCUACAUGUUAAAAAGGUGGUUGCCGCAUUAAAGAUUGUUUUGAUUAUAAUUAUGCCAUAGAUUCAGCUUGUGCUUCAAUAUUUUAUGAUAAAAGAUGUGUAACUAAUGGUUAUAAUUGUAUUUUAAGAUAGGCUUGUGAAGAUGCUUAAAUGAUUGAUGGUUGUCCUUUUGAUAAAAAUUUAAAUCCUUGUGUUUGGGUUAACGAUAAAUGUUUGACAAAAACUUGUUAGACUGCAUUAAAUUAAUUAACUAAAUAUGAAGAAUGUAUUAAUUAUUUACCUCAUUGUACAGUUCAAUAGGAAGGAGGUUGUACCUAAAAGAAAUUAUGUUAAGAUUACUUAUUUAAAGAGGCUUGUAAUACAAAUGAUUCAAAUGAAGAAUGUAUAUGGGAUGAUUAUCUAAAUAAAUGUUUUUACAUUACAUGUAUUGAUUAAUGUGGUGAUGGUAUUGUUACAACCAAAGAAGAAUAAUGUGAUGAUGGUAAUUAUUUACCUUAUGACGGUUGUUAUAAAUGUUAGAUUUAAUGUCCGUAAGGAUGUAAUAUUUGUAAUGGUCGGUUUUGUGUAGAAUGUUAAAAGUAAGGAUGGAAAUUAGAAAAUAGUGUUUGUAUUUCAAUCUGUGGGGAUGGUUACAAAGUAGGAAAAGAAUAGUGUGAUGAUGGAAAUUCUAUAGAAUAUGAUGGAUGUUACUAAUGUUCCUAUUCAUGUCACAAACAGUGUAUUGAUUGCUACUAAGGAUAAUGCAUUUAAUGUCCACAAGGAUAUUUAGAAAAUGGAGCUCAAUGUCUUAAUGUAUGUGGUGAUGGAUAUCUUGUUAAACCAGAAGAAUAGUGUGAUGAUGGUAAUCGUGAUUCUAAUGAUGGAUGCAAUAGUAAUUGUUUUGUUGAAUAAAACUGGAAAUGCUAAGAAUCAAUUAACAAUCUUAGUAUUUGUAAUUAUAUGAUUAUACCUUAUCUAAUACUUACUAAGUUAACCAAAACAAACGUUGGUAUUCAAGAAUUCUAAUUAUCUUUCUCUGAACCUAUUCGUUUGAAUGUUAAAGGUGUCACAGAUGAACAAUUUUAAUAAAUGAUUAUCAUUACUAUUUUAAAUACCAAAGAUUCAAAUUAUGAUUUUGAAAUCAAACCUAUCACUCCAAUCUCUACAGAAUUAACUGAUACUGCAUAUAAAAUUUUACUCAAUUUCAAAACUUUUAUUUCCAAUCCUAUUUUAAAAGUAUUAAUUCAAAGUAAUGACAUUGUAAAUGUAUAAAAUAACACCUUAUAUUCCAAUGAAAUUUAAUUGGAGUUAAAAUCUCCUAACAAAAUUUCUGAUGAUCAACAAUCACUUAUUGCCAAGACUGCAGAAUUUAGUCAAAUGGUUAUAUAAAUCAUUUUAAUAAUAGCUGGCAUUGUUUUUUUGUGUGGUAAUUUAGAAAUUUUAUGGAAUCUCCUUGAUAUGCUUCAAUAAUUAUCAUAUAUCAAAUAUCACAUAAAUUUAUUUCGAAAUAUUUAAGUUUGGUUCUUUUACCCCAAUUUUCAUUAAUCUAAAUACACCAUAUACCUUUCAAAAUAUUUUUGAUUUCUAAAUCCCAAAUAUUCCAGCUAAAUGGAAAUUUAAAGAGUAUUAAAUCAACUGUUACUUUCUGGAUACCUUUUAAACAUUACUAUUUAUGAUCCUUCUUGGAUUUGCCUAUUAUAUUCUCUCUUUUAUCUUUUAUAAAUUACUUUUCCUCAUUAAAUAUCAAAAUUUACCUGCCAUUCUAUAUAGAUUAUGGGAAUCAGAUAUUUAUUUUAAAAUAGCCAGAUUUGUAUAUUCCUUUUAAAAGAUUAGUAGAAAAUAUUUUUAAUAUUUUUUUUUUUCGGGAUUAUUAAGAAUUUUAGCAUCCAAUUUUUAUGAAAUUACCUUUGCCUCUAUUUUAUAAAUGAUCAAUUUUAAUUCUGACACUUUUCUAAAUAAAAUUAUUUCAUUUUUAGCUCUUAUUAUGUUCAUAUUUAAUCUAUUCGUUUUGACUUUCAUUUAUUCAUAUCUAAGUAAAAAGAGUAAAGUUAAGAAAAGCUUAUCAAUAUUGAUCGAAGGAGUUAAAAGCCAAAAUAACAAUGGAUCUAAAUAAUAUUUUACUAUAAUAUUAGUAAAGAAAACCUUAUUCAUUAUUAAUUUAGUUGUAUUUUAAGAGCUUGUCACUGCUUAGAGCAUUAUUACAGCCUGUAUAUCUGGAAUUUAUUGUUGUUAUAUUUAAAUUUACAAGCCUUUUGAAAACAAUUACGAAAAUAUCAAAAUAUUCUAUACAGAAAUACUGAUUGUCUUAAAUACUAUGAUUUUCCCAGUAUAUGAAGUUAUCAAAAGAAAUCAAAACAAAGACAUUGCAUCAAUUUUAGGAUGGAUAAAUGUAGGUUGUUUUACUUUGAUUCUAGUUCUAAACUUAUUAAUUGAUAUCUACCAAUAAUUAAUAAAAUAUGUGAAGAUUUUAAUUGCAAAAUUGAAUAAUUAUUUUUGGGAAGAAAAAACCGAUCCUAAAGAUCAAAUUGUUUUUUUUUGA